AUGGGGGGCUACAACCACGAGCACCGGGCGCUGGGGGUCCCGACAAGGGUUGCCCGUUUCCUUGAGUGCCGCGACGGCGGCGUCCCCUGCAACCCCCGCAACGUCGUCCUCUGCAGCGGCACCGCCAGCAUCCUCCCGUUCGUGCUGUCGCUGGUGGUGGACGAGACGGCGGCGCAGCCGACGGGUGUGCUGGUGCCCGUGCCGGGCCCCCCGCUCCACGGGGCGGCUGCGGGGCUGGCGGGGGCCGUGGCCGUGCCGUACCCGCUGGCCGAGGAGCGGGGCUGGGCCGUGGACGGCGAGGCGGUGCGGCAAGCGCGGGCGAGGUGCCACCCCAAGGUGCUCUGCGUCGUCAACCCCGGGGACCCCACGGGGCACGUGCUGAGCCGGCAGAGCAUGGAGGACGUCGUCCGACUGGCAGCCAAGGAAAACCUCCUGCUGCUGGCGGACGAGGUGCAGCAGGAACGAGCCUUCCUCCCCGGCCGCCCCUUCCUCUCCUUCAAGCGGGUGCUGUGGGAGAUGGGUGCCCCGCUCGCCUCCACCGUCCAGCUCGUCUCCUUCUACUCCCUCUCCAAAAGCGUCGCCGGCGACGGUUUCCGCGCGGGGUUCCUGGAGCUGGUGAACGUGGAGGAGGGCGUCACGCUGCCCUUCCAGCUGGCACAGUCCAUCCCGCGGCCCUGCGUCCUGGGGCGGAUCCUGCUCGAUCUCCUCAUGGACCCGCCGGAUGAGGGGGAUCCCAUCCAGCAGGCCUUGGAGGAGCACAGACAGGGGCUGUGCCGUGUCCUGGCCCACAACGCCUGGCUGCUGCAGGAGGUGCUGAGCCGGGCCCCCGGCGUCCGUGGCGCCUUCCCCCGCGUCCAGCUCCCGCCCCGCGCCCUCCGCCAGGCCCGGGCUCUCCCUGUUGCCUCCGGCCGCCCCGAUGGUGCUGGUGCCGCUCACCCUCACCCACUUCCACGCCGCCUUCCUGCACCGCUUCUCCUGACGCCGCCUCCUCCACCGCCGAGGACUCCCGGGGGACACACAGACACGGACGUGGCCGUGCCGUAA